AUGUGCCUCUUCACAGCCCUGGCUCUGUUCGCAGUUGCUGCAAAUGCGGCCGUUGAGGAGGGCAAGUGGGGCUGGAUAGAUGUGGAUACCGGCAACAUAGACGAAGUCCUGAAGCAGGGGCCGAUCUUCGUGAAGUUCUUUGCUCCAUGGUGCUCACAUUGCAAAAACAUGGCGAAGGAUUUCCAUCGGGUGGCCCAGGAGGAGCUACCGGAUGGGAUUCGUGUCGGGAGGGUGGACUCAACCAAGAACCCAGCUCUCAACAAGCGCUUUGGCAUUUCUGGGUACCCGACACUCCUCAUGCUCAGCGACGAAGGCAGGGACAUGAGAAGUUACUCGGGAGACCGUUCUUUUAACAGCCUCCUGGAGUUUGCUCAAGGUGGUUGGAAAACAGCUCCUGUGCACGACCCCGCCAAGCCGCGACCAAAGCAGUCCUUUGGCGAUCAGUUGAAGAGCCUUCCGUGGACAGUCAAAGCAGUGGGUCUCCUUUUCAUCGUUGGAUUGCCCUUGUCGAUCUUUGCUGCCUGUUACGAUGUGUACACAGAGAAACAGCGUCGUGAUGCCCGGCGAGCUGAGCGCAAAGCUGAAGCUGGCAAGACGGUUGCAGCUGACAACGUAUCCGACAUGCCCUCACAUGCACGACAGGGUAUCGGCGGUGGAUUUCGUGAGCGUGAGCUGUUAGGCGAUUGGAAGUUCUGGCGAUGCGAGCGAGACUCAGGUGAUGGAAGCCCCUUCACAGUGCUCUCAAUGGAGCUUGUGGCCGAGUUUUUCCAGUUUCAUGGUCUUCACCAUUCCCUGUCGGUCUUCCAGUGCGAGGCUCAGCUGACAACAUCUUGCGCAGAAGCCCCAACAUCUCUCAGGAGGCGCAGUGAGCUGGUGGCGGAAAUGGAGCUGGAGCAUCUGGAAUCCGAAAACUGUUCCGUGCUCGAGCAGCUUGUGGAAGCCAGAAGGGUGGAUGUGCCACAUCGGUCUGUUUCGGAGCAGCAGCCAGAAGAGAAGGAAGAGGUGAAAAUCCAGGUACAAUCUCCGACUCACAAGGAGUUAGCGCCACCGAAGAAGCCCAAGUCUGACACUUGGCCAACUUCGUCGACUACGACCUGCCAUAAUGCAGAAGGCGAGAGACGAGGGCUGCAUCGACGGCUCUCGGAUCCUCUCGGUGUCGAGGCCCUCCAAAGCCUGUCUCAGCAGAAGUCUCCAGGCAUGGCAAACUUUCCAGGCUCCUUGACGUCCCCAGUGGGCAUUGCGGCAUGGGGUCCAGGGAGAGGGCGUGAUAUCGGCAUGCUGACAACCAGCCCUUUGGGACAUCGACAGCGGCUUCCGCCCCUCAGCAGAUCCGGCCUGAGUAUACCAUGCAGCGCAGGAGAUUCCUGA